UUAAAGAAAAAAUUUGUCUCUUCGAGACUAAAAAAAAAAUUUCAUUUUUCAUAUAGUUAUUCAGUUGUAAUGAAUAUUUUAAUUUAUUUACUAUUUUUACAAUUAUUAUGUGUUUUCGCCGAUCCUUUAGUAAGAAUUUCUCAAGGAAUAUUAGAUGGAACUAGUGAAAUAUCAAAAAAUGGAAGAAAAUACUCAGCAUUUCUUGGAAUUCCUUAUGCAAAACCACCCAUUGGAAUUCGCAGGUUUAAAAAUCCUGAACCUGCUGAAAGUUGGAUGGGAGUUCGAUCUGCUAAGUCUUUUGGAAAUAUUUGCCCUCAAAGGGAUGGAAGGGGAACAGUUAUCGGUAACGAGGACUGCUUAUUUUUGAACAUAUACACUCCAAAACUUAAUUUUAAUACAACAUCUAGAGAUCCGUUGUUACCAGUAAUGUUUUGGAUUCAUGGUGGAGGAUUUAUAAUGGGUAGUAGUAGCCAGUAUGGGGCACAAUUUUUUUUGGACAAAAACGUCAUUUUAGUAACAAUUAAUUAUCGAUUAGGAAUAUUUGGUUUUAUCAGCACAGGUGAUUUAGUUGCUGCAGGAAAUUAUGGAAUGAAAGAUCAAGUUAUUGCUCUAAAAUGGGUACAGCAAAAUAUAAAAUCAUUUGGUGGUGAUCCACGAAGGGUGACAAUUUUUGGAGGAAGUGCAGGUGCUAUUAGUGUCAAUUGUCAUGCAAUUUCUCCAGCAAGUAAAGGUUUAUUUAGCGCCUAUAUAAUUCAAAGUGGUGUUAUAUUAUCACCAUUGGCAUUUCAAACAAGAGAAAAAUUAUCAUCUUUUGUACGACGAGUAUCUGUGAAUGUUGCCUGUAAUUCAAGUAAUUCAUGCAAUCUAAUUGAAUGUUUACGAACAAAAUCAACAGUAAGUUUGGUAAAUGGAGAUGUUGGACUUGGUUUUAUGGAAGGUUUAUUAUUAAACUGGUUACCAACAAAUGAAGUGAAACAUAAUGAUGCAUUUUUAACUGACAUUCCGAAAAAUUUUAUAGAUAAUAAGGCAAUAAUAGAUUUGCCUUUUAUGAGUGGAACUGUGUCUGAUGAAGGUCUACUAGUUACUGCAGAACUAUAUAAAAAUGAUGUACUCUACGGAUUGUUCAAAUUAAAUGCCAAUUUGAUACUUAAUAAUCUCAGCAAAACUUAUUUAGAUGUUAAAGAUUCUAGACGAUUCAUUGAGAAAGUUACAAGAUUCUAUUUUAACGGAUCUAUUGCCACAUCAACAAAAAAAGAUUUUCUAGAAGGUGUAACAAAAUUAAUUGCUGAUGGAUUUUUUCUACAUCCUCAAGUGCGAACAUUGGAGAAAGUAACACCAUCAAUGAGAAAUUCAAACUUCUUUUAUAAUUUUGGAUAUAGAGGAACACUGAGCACAACAAUGAUUGAUGGAGUUCAACAAAAUCUUGGAGUAGCACAUGCAGAUGAACUUUUAUAUCUAUUUCCACUUACAAUUGGAUCGUUUAAAACAUCACAUUUAAAUUUUAGCAGAAAUGAUGAUUAUAUUAGUAAAAUAAUGAUAGAUAUGUGGACAUCAUUUGCUACAAAUAAGAGGCCAGUAUCGAAUGUUUUGACAAAUUCUAAUCUAUGGACGCCAUACACAACUCGAAAUCCUGUUCACAUUCAAAUAGGAAAUAUUUUAAACAACAAGGAUCCCUCUGUUACAAUGUCAAAUAAAUAUUUUAUACAACAAAUAAAUUUUUGGCGAAACAAUGCCCCGAUUUUUUUAUUUUUGUUUUAUAGUUAUACAGUGGUGAUGGAUACUUUAUUUUAUUUACUAUUUCUUUUACAAUUACUAUCUGUUUUCAAUGCCGAUCCUUUAGUGAGAAUUUCUCAGGGAAUAUUAGAUGGAACUAAUGAAUUAUCAAAAAAUGGAAGAAAGUAUUCAGCAUUUCUUGGAAUUCCAUAUGCUAAACCACCCGUUGGAAGUCGCAGAUUUAAAAAUCCUGAACCUGCUGAUGGUUGGGUAGGAGUUCGUUCAGCCAAGUCUUUUGGAAAUGUUUGCCCACAAAAGGAUACAGGAAGGACAAUAAUGGGAAACGAGGACUGCUUAUUUUUGAACGUUUAUAGCCCAAUAUUGGAAUUUAAUUCAAUACCUGCUAAUUCUUUGUUACCAGUAAUGUUUUGGAUUCAUGGUGGUGGAUUUACAACUGGCACUGGUAACAUGUAUGGUGCACAAUUUUUCUUGGAAAAAAAUGUCAUUUUGGUGACUAUCAAUUAUCGAUUAGGAAUGCUUGGCUUCAUAACAACUGGUGAUUCAGUUGCAACAGGAAAUUAUGGAAUGAAAGAUCAGGUUCUUGCUCUAAAAUGGGUACAGCAAAAUAUAAGAUCAUUUGGUGGUGAUCCACGAAGGGUAACAAUUUUUGGACAAAGUGCAGGCGCUGCCAGCGUUAGUUUUCAUUCAAUUUCUCCAGCAAGUGCAGGUUUGUUUAGAGCCUAUAUAAUUCAAAGCGGUGCCGUAUUGUGUCCUUGGGGAUUUCAAAAAAAAGAAGAAUUGGCUAAAUAUGUAAGACAAGUGUCUGUGGGUGUUGCAUGUAUUUCAAGAAAUUCAAAAAAUCUCAUUGAAUGCUUACGAUCAAAAUCAGCAGCAACUUUGGUGAAUACAAAUUUUGCUUUUGGUUCUAUUGAUCGUGCUGCAUUAUUAAAUUGGUCGCCCACAAAUGAAGUGGAAAAUGAUGGUGCAUUUUUAACUGACACACCAUUAAAUCUAAUUAAUAAAAAUGCAAUGAAGGAUUUGCCUUUUAUGAGUGGAACCGUAUCUGAUGAAGGUCUACUAAUUACCCGAGAAUUCUAUUCAAAUGAUAUAAAAUAUGCAUGGUUUAAAUUAAAUGCACAUUCAAUGAUUAAUAGCUACAGCAAACGUUAUCUUGAAGUUGAAGAUUCCAGAAAAUUUACAGCAGCAGUAACAAGAUACUAUUUUAACGGAUCUAUUAUCACAUCAAAAAAACAAGAUUUUCUAGAUAGUGCAACAAGAUUCACUACCGACGGAUUUUUCCUACAUCCUCAAAUACGAAUGUUGGAGAAAGUGACACCAUCAAUGAGAAAUUCAAACUUCUUUUAUAAUUUUGGAUAUAGAGGAAGUUUAAGUGCAACAAUGCUUGAGGGAGAUCAAAAAAAUCUAGGAGUAUCACAUGCUGAUGAACUUAUCUAUCUAUUUCCACUUACAUUUGGACCGAUAAGAACGUCACAUUUAAAUUUUAACAGAGAUGAUGAUUAUAUUAGUAGAAUGUUGAUAGACAUGUGGACAGCAUUUGCCACAAAUGGGAGGCCAGUAUCGAACGUUUUGACAAAUUCUAAUCUAUGGGCGCCAUACACAACUCGAAAUCCUGUUCACAUUCAAAUAGGAAAUUUAUUAAACAACAAGGAUCCCUCUGUGACAAUUUCAAAUACAUAUUAUACACAGCGAAUGGAUUUUUGGCGAAAUAAUGCCCCUUUUAAAUAAAAUAUAAAAUAACAUUAUUUUGAAUAAUAAUAAAACUUAUUUUAAGAAAUUAGUAAACAAUUUUUACUAAUCAGCUAA